AAUAUUCUCGAUCUGCAAGCUGGGUAUAGCACAGCUGUAGCGCAUAUGGUAUAUGGAAGAGAGCUGCAGCUGAGCCUGUUUGAGAUAGCUAUCCGGAGAAACCGGUUUCGAAGAGCCAGCAUUCAGUGGCAUCGCUUUCUCGGGUUUCAAAGCCAUUCCGCUUCUACAGUGCUUUUCAAGCGAAAGAGAGAGGUUUUUGAAAAGGAAUAA